CCCUGAUCGCCCCGAGUGGGAGAGAGGAACAGGAGGCGCUCCUACCCGCCUCUGUGGCGGAUGCGGACUCUCUUCCUCUGCGUUCCCCUCCCAGCCCUGCCUCCAGCUUUACGGAAGAUGCUGCUGAUGCAGCUUCCAGUCCCGGGCGGAUAAUUGGGUCUAGGCCCCACCAUGAGGCUCCAGCCCCUUGGGAGCCCCUGUGCUCCCCUGGCCCCGGGCUCACCGUGCUAGCCCCAGGCAGAGCAAGGGCAGGCGCGGGGCCAUGGCCAGCCACGUGGACCUGCUCACAGAGCUGCAGCUGCUGGAGAAGGUGCCUACCCUGGAGCGCCUGCGCGCAGCCCAGAAGCGCCGGGCUCAGCAGCUGAAGAAGUGGGCACAGUAUGAGCAGGACCUGCUUCAUCGCAAGCGCAAGCAUGAGCGGAAGCGCAGCACGGGUGGCCGUCGCAAGAAGGUGUCCUUCGAGGCCAGUGUAGCCUUGCUGGAGGCCUCACUGAGGAAUGACGCCGAAGAAGUGCGCUACUUCCUGAAGAACAAGGUCAGCCCUGAUUUGUGCAACGAGGAUGGACUCACGGCCUUGCACCAGUGCUGCAUUGACAACUUUGAAGAGAUUGUCAAGCUGCUGCUCUCCCACGGUGCAAACGUGAACGCCAAGGACAAGGAGCUGUGGACGCCCUUGCACGCUGCGGCCACCUGCGGGCACAUCAACCUGGUGAAGAUCCUCGUGCAGUAUGGGGCUGACUUGCUUGCUGUCAACUCUGAUGGAAACAUGCCAUAUGACCUCUGCGAGGAUGAGCCCACCCUGGAUGUCAUCGAGACCUGCAUGGCGUACCAAGGCAUCACGCAGGAGAAGAUCAACGAGAUGCGAGCAGCCCCUGAGCAGAAGAUGAUUUCAGACAUCCACUGCAUGAUAGCAGCGGGCCAGGAUCUCGACUGGAUAGAUGGCCAGGGAGCCACACUGCUACACAUAGCUGGAGCCAAUGGAUACCUGCGGGCAGCCGAGCUCCUCCUGGACCACGGAGUGCGUGUGGAUGUGAAGGACUGGGAUGGCUGGGAGCCUCUGCAUGCAGCAGCCUUCUGGGGACAGAUGCCAAUGGCAGAGCUGUUAGUGUCCCAUGGAGCUAGCCUCAGUGCCAGGACAUCCAUGGAUGAGAUGCCAAUAGACCUGUGUGAGGAGGAGGAAUUCAAGGUCCUGCUGUUGGAGCUGAAACACAAGCAUGAUGUCAUCAUGAAGUCACAGCUGAGGCACAAGUCGUCCCUGAGCCGGAGGACAUCCAGCGCAGGCAGCCGUGGGAAGGUGGUGCGUCGAGCCAGCCUAUCAGACAGAACCAACCUAUACCGGAAAGAAUACGAGGGAGAGGCCAUCUUGUGGCAGCAGCGGAGUGCAGCUGAAGACCAGCGUACUUCUACCUACAAUGGAGACAUCAGGGAGACCAGGACAGACCAGGAGAACAAGGACCCGAACCCCAGACUGGAGAAGCCUGUGCUACUCUCUGAAUUCUCUACCAAGAUCUCACGGGGAGAACUGGACGGGCCUGUGGAGAACGGCCUCCGGGCUCCUGUCAGCACCUACCAGUAUGCACUGGCCAAUGGGGACAUAUGGAAGAUGCACGAGAUGCCUGACUACAGCAUGGCCUAUGGCAACCCCGGCGUGGCCGAUGUCCCCCCACCCUGGAGCGGCUUCAAGGAGCAGAGUCCCCAAACGCUCCUGGAGCUGAAGAGGCAGAGGGCAGCGGCCAAGCUACUCAGCCACCCGUUCCUAAGCACCCACCUGGGCAGCGGCGUGACCAGGUCGGGGGAGAGCAGCAGCGAAGGCAAGGCCCCCUUGAUUGGAGGCAGAACUUCCCCAUACAGCAGCAACGGGACCACCUCGGUGUAUUAUACGGUCACCAGCGGGGAUCCCCCGCUCUUGAAGUUCAAGGCCCCCAUGGAGGAGAUGGAGGAGAAAGUUCACGGCUGCUGCCGGAUCUCUUAGUGUCUGUGAACUGGAGGAAGAAGGCUGCCUCAGAGAGGGGCCCCUGGAAUCCAAAGCCAGUCCAACAGCCCUGGCUGGGGAGGUGUCGGGGCAGCCGGGGAGAGGUGGGAGCUGCUUUCCGGGGGAAUGCUGAUCUUACCUCAUGCCCGGCUGCCCGCAGCAUCUCCACUCCCUUCUGUACUGCUUUCUUGCCUCACUCAACGCCUGCAUCUGAUGUAUAGUGGGCCGACUCGCUCUGCAGUCUGAUUCGGGAAGGGUGGGCUUGGGAUCUCAGUUCUCUACUUAGUAAAGGCUUCUUAGGACCAGGAAUAACAAUACACACACACACACACACACACACACACACGCACACGCACACGCACACGCACACGCGCACACACACACACACACACACACACACUCUACAUUUAGUGUGUGAGAAUGCUACAACUGACCUCUUGGGAAGCAGAUGGGGCUGAGAUGGGUUAUCCCCAGAAGAAUGAGUUCAAGACAGUCUUGGCUCCACAGCCAACUGGCUUUCAUGGGGAGAGGUCUGCUCAGCUGAGACCCAGAGCUCGGAAGUCAUACCAGGCUGGGUCACUAUCACACCUAGCAGAGACAAGAAGUCCGAUGGGUUCAGGGAAGCCAGGAAUCCAUAUGGAUCAGGUUAGUGUGUCCAGGCCUGCUCCCCACAACCUUCCUGAGAAGGCAGAGGACAGUUCAAGGGUCAAGCUGGGAAGCCUGGCCAUCCAUGCUUAGGAGAAACCAAAUCUUGCUUUGGUCUUCCGUGGAUGCACAGGCGUUGGGUGGGGCACAGCACAUCUUUAUUUUCCAAAUUGCUUUUGGUAAAAGCGUUCUUUGAGGCUCCAAGAUUCCAGGUGGGAGGUAACUGAAUUUGCCUUCUCCCAAGAUAGUGUCACAGUUGGGUUUUAUUGUCUGGUAUUUGAGAAAUGAAUUUCAUCAGGCGCUUCUGUGGGGGUGGGGGUGGGGCUCCCAGGGAAAAGGUGAACGCAUUGCGGAGAACACCGAGGUUAGCAUUGAGAUAGCACAGCACCCUCGCUGGUCUCUGCGGGUUUCAUGCUGGUUUGGCCCAGCCCUUCUCAGCCUGAGCCACUCCACUGAGCAGCUGAGGCUUCCUCACACUCCACCCUCCCUUCGUACACAGUUGAGUCUGCAGAGUGAAUGCUCAGGCCCGUGCCCUCCAAGCCUUGCCUUUUCUGUAAUGCUUCCUUAAGACAUGUUUGCCAAGCGCCACUUGUCGCCUCUUGCUGGGAGGUCUUAAGGCUCCCAGCCUGCUUUUCCUGGAGUGGUGAUGCCCAAAGCUGCAAACUGAGGUGCCCGUGGCCACUGUCCUGGGCUGCAUUCAGGAGAGCGUGGCGUGGCUGGAGUUGGCCGUCAGUCCAGCUGUGCAGCUUUGCUGCCAUUGUCCUCUUGAUGCUGGGGAAGGAAGCCCGCGCCGCAUCGCCACCACACUUUCCCACAAACCCACUGAAAUUGUGCUCCAUACCUUGAGUGCGACACACUGGCUCCACCAAAACCCUCUGGUGUAACUGGCAAGCUAUGAGUUUGUUCCUUGCUCUGUGCUCUUUUUAUUUGUCCUCAAACUACCUACCUCCUUAGAGCCCCCCAGAGGGUCCCUAUGUCAUUCGGAUGUAUGGGACAGAUACCCACUUCUUUAUGCCCCACCCCCUGUGCCACAUCCUUAGUAGUUAGGCUUGCCACGUGUUGGUCUCUGUCUCCACUGUGGCUUUAGGACCUCAGUAGACUAGAGAUGAAUCGGGACCUGACUAGAUUGGGCAGAUGCUUUAUUAGAACCAGGAGUGUGGGCCAGAGAGCACCCAGAAGGCUGCUGGAUGCAGAAGGAGGUGAGCAACAGUGGGUGACCCCUACCCCAACUCCCGGACAGACAGACUCUGGCAUGGUGGAAUAGCAGAAGAGACUAAAGACAGUUUCUUGAAUCCUUGGGGCUUCAGCCAUACUUUGUAGCCCAUCUUGCCGAAAGAGGAGAUGAUCAAAACACACACCUGUGGCUUUAAACAUUUAGCUCUGACAGACACAGAAAUGCCUCUGGAGAUGAUUUUAGCCACAAGGCGGGCAGUCAGCCACAUACUCCUAGGAAUCAGCUGCCCAGGGUUUCUGAGCUCUUCGCUCAGGGGCCACAGAAUGAAGGCAUUUCCUGCCUUCUCCGAGCCUUGCAGGCUGUCUCUCCUUCACACCCAGAGCUUCUUCCUGCCUCCUGGGCCAUGUUUCUCUACCUGACGGGUGGGAAACUCAGCUGCCUCCUCCAUGGGAACUGGUCCCAGACAGUGCGGAUUCAUGGGCUUUUGUUCAUGUUUUCCACCAGGGAUAAACAAAUGUUCCCUGUUCAGGCUCCAAGUCCCCAGGGCACUUUGUGACUCUUUGGAAUAUUGAGAGCCACAAUGAGGAACAGUCUCCAGUGCAUGAGCCAGGGCCACCCACCCGUUCACUCAUGUGAUCUAUUGAGGUGCUGAGACACACUGGAUCUGCUGUUAGUUUCCGGCAGGUAAUGGACUAGCCAGGCAGUGAAGACUUUGAUCUCCUGAGGACUGUGGGCAUCCCCAGACUCAGCCAUUAUUUUAAUCAGAGUGCCUCCAUCCCAGACCAGUGUCCCGUUUCUCUGCAGCACCUGCAGUUUUUAGAGUGUGAAUCUCUUUAGCUGGGACAAAGCUUUCUGGCCACACCUAAAUAGCAUUUGUCACUAAGUGCAGAGGCUAGAUCUCAGGUACCAGGCAGACACUAUGCUGGUCAAUCUAGAGUCUUCAGAGGUAGCCCUCAGGCCAGCAUCCAUGUGGAGAACAAUAUAACCCAGUUAGUGUCUGGAAGAACCAGAAGUUUGCAAUUUGCUGUCAAAUACAUCCCUAACAUUUACAGUCCUCUCCUGCUUGUUUUUGCUUAUGAAUCAUACAGUCUUCUCUCCUACACCACCAAUGGAUGUUGGGAGGGAGAACAACUACUUCUCUUCAAAUUAAACAUUCCCAUGUGUGUCAGCCUCUCCCUGGAAGGUGUGGAUCCAAGGGCUAGGGGAAGCCUGGUGAGGUUGACCAGAUGGCUCACUCCUACUGAAGACAUCUAUUUCCAAACCAGGUGCCCUGCAGUUCCCUGUGAGCUGUGGUUUCUUGCACCCACCUCAUGUUCCCCAAACUAUUAGAAAUUGGUAGCUAUCACCAGAUUGUGAAUUUCUGGCCAGUAGCUCAGGGAAUUGGAAUGACUCCUAAACCCAGGUCUACUGAAGACUUGGGGGAUAUAAUUCUUUAUCAAAUAUGCAGCAUUAAUGAAGCCUUUCUGCACUGUUUGAUUAACUUUUAGAUGUUUGGAAAGCUUGGCAGAGUGUGGCCCUCAGCCAGGUGUAGUGGAACACACCUUUAAUCCCAGCACAAACGAGGCAGAGGCAUGGAAUGUGGCAUAUUUCUGAGUUCCAGGCCAGCCAGGGCUACACGGAGAAACCCUGUCUCAAAAAAACAAAAAACAAAAAAACCCAAAAUAAAUUAAAUAAAUAAAUAAAUAAGUAAGUAAAUAAAAUAUGGCCUCUGGGUUGGGUUAAUAGUCUGGCUUUGUAACAAUGUGAGACUCUUGGUUCUGUGUUUGAUACUCUCUGGUCCUGGGUGUUAUCUCCCACCUGCUCUCCCAAAGCAGUAUACCGAGAUAUUUUCCAGAGGGGCCAUCCUUAUGUGAUGUCGGAACUGUCUGUUUGUAGCCUGGUGAUAUCCCCUUCUUCCCCAGGGCCCAGAGAAGCCAAGGGUCAUACGGCCAGGGACGACAGCUCCACUGAAGUGACCCACCACUUUUCUAGAAAGCCUGAGACCUCUCCCUGGUUGACCAGAGGGCCUGCUUCUCAUGGGCACUUCAAAUGCCACCAUGCGGGUCCUGGCUCUGCACACCCAGGAAAAGUCUGCAGACACCCAGCCCUCCGCAAUAAUUCACCAGACCAGAAGCCACUGAUGUACAGAGAACACUUAAGAAAAAAAAAUGUAUUUUAUGUGAAAAAAGUUAAAACUCUGUAUACUGUAUCAGCAGCUUUGUGUAAAAAAUGGCAAUCAAAAGAGUCUAAUAUAUUUAAAACUUUUUUAAAAAACAAUAUUCUCAUGGAUCUUUGAUAUUGUACUGAAGCAGCUCCACACCUCCGAGGUGGGGUCUGACCAUAUCACCCAGGGGCCUGGGCCUCUGGACUUUCCUCCAGCUGCCAAGGCCUGUGACAGAAUUCGCUGUUAUGGAUUUUUAAUUAAGAUUAUUAAAUUCCUUUUAAUAACA